UUCGCCUAUGUGACACAAUUACAACAACUUUGAGCUGGUGUGGGGGGAAGUUUACUAUAUUACCAAAUAACGCCCUAUCGUAAAAAACCGGCAUCAACUCUACUCCUUGCAUUAUUUGGCAAAUACAUACAUGUAGUAUUUUGUGUACAAUCAUGCGAUAAGGCUGUUUUUGGACGGGUCUUGUUUUCCUCCAGGAUUUGGCAAUCACUCGGCUGAGCUAGCAACGUUUUCAGUACUACAUACGGUGGUGUACUUUCGUUCUUAUAUUUUGGGGGAGUUUUGUCGCCCGCUUCCCUGUUCCUUUUCUAUGCAAUCGUGCGGAGUGUCGCUCGACGCGGCUGCUGCUCGAAGUCUCGGCGCUGCUGGUGAUGAGGAAAAGAAAAUGGCGGCGGGAAAAGCGAAUGGAAUAGAAUUGGACUUUCUGAAGCUAACAGCGCAGGAGAGAGAGAGCUUGGUCGAAAUUGACAGUUCACUAUUUGGAUUUCAGAGGCUUCAUGAAGAUGGCGCCAGAACGAAGGCCUUGCUGUUAAAGGCUGUAAGCUGCUAUGACUCUGCCAUCCUGAAGUCAGAAGGGAAAGUAGAGCCAGAGAUGUUCUGCCAGCUGGGCCACUUCAAUCUUCUCCUGGAGGACUAUCCAAAAGCAUUAUCUGCAUAUCAGAGGUACUACAGUUUACAGUCGGACUACUGGAAGAAUGCUGCCUUUUUAUAUGGCCUUGGUUUGGUCUACUUCCAUUACAACACAUUUCACUGGUCAGUGCAGCCCUCCUCCUCAGAGGCCCAGGCAGGACAGAGAAGGGCGAUAAAAGCAUUUCAGGAUGGGCUCUAUAUUGACCCCAGUUUCUCCCGAGCCACAGAGAUCCACAUGAGACUGGGCCUCAUGUUUAAAGGCAACACCAAUUACAAGUCCAGUCUGAAGCAUUUUCAGCUGGCUUUGAUUGACUCCAACCCCUGCACUUUGUCCAAAGCUGAAAUUCAGUUCCACAUCGCUCAUUUAUAUGAGAUUCAGAAGAAAUUCAGAACAGCAAAAGAAGCGUAUGAGAAUUUACUCCAGACAGAGAAUCUUCCUGCACAGGUGAAGGCUGCUACACUGCAGCAACUAGGCUGGAUGCAUCACACAGUGGAGCGGUUAGGGGACCCAGGCUCCAAGGACAGCUAUGCCAUCCAGUGUCUGCAGAAGUCACUAGAAGCAGACCCCAACUCUGGACAGUCCUGGUACUUCCUCGGCAGGUGCUACUCCAGUAUUGGGAAAGUCCAGGAUGCCUUCAUCUCCUACAGACAGUCCAUUGACAAGUCUGAGUCCAGCGCUGACACCUGGUGCUCCAUAGGUGUUCUGUACCAGCAGCAGAACCAGCCUAUGGAUGCUCUGCAGGCGUACAUCUGUGCAGUGCAGCUGGACCACAGUCAUGCGGCUGCCUGGAUGGACCUGGGCACGCUCUACGAGUCCUGCGGGCAGCCGCACGACGCAAUCAAGUGUUACAUCAACGCCACGCGCAGCAAGGCCUGCACCAACACCGCUGCCCUCAUACACCGCAUUAAACUGCUCCAGGCUCACCCUCAGACAGGUAGUGUUGCGGGGGGGAAGGGUGGUAAAAUGCUUCCUAGUAUUGAGGAGGCGUGGAGCCUGCCCAUCCCCGCUGAGCUCACCUCCAGACAGGGGGGCCUGAACACUGCAGCAGGCAGCCCAGGGCCACAGGCACAGCAGCAGGCAUGUAAGCCCCACCAGGGAGGUGAGGGAGGCCAGGUGCAGACACAGGUCUCUCCCCAUCCAAGCCACACUGACAGUCAGGCCAGCCCUGCCAAGAGAAAAUGCACCACCAGCCCAGCUAAGAGUGGUGUCGACUUGUGGACAAACGACCCGGUACAACAGCAGAUCCCCAGCUGGUACCUAACGCCACAGAGACUACAGCUCCUGGAUCAGCUCUGGACCAACCGGACCAGUCUGAAACCACCACAGGUACAGAUGCUGGAUCAGCUGGAAAAGCAGUUCUCCCUCAUGCAGCAGCAUCAACAGCAGGUGAAACAGCAGGCAGCAGGCCAGUUGUGGCCCACACAACCCAACGGCCCCUCGCUAUCUCCAAACUCCCUCCCCUCACCUCACCCCCUCUCCCGGGCUUCACCUAUCAGUCACACCACAGCCCACCCUCCCUGCACUCCUCAGCCAAUGGCCAACGGACCUUUAUCUUUAUGUCACCUGGGACAGCUGGGUAAUCAGAAGGCGGGGACCAUGGGCAAUAAUCACACUCCCGGUUUACCGGGUGCAGGGACUUUACCGGGGGGUCUAACGGAAAGUGGCGGGAGUAACAGAAACGUGCCUUACCUGCAGCAGAACUGUCUACCUCACAACUGCGCAGCCGCUAGUGAUACCAGUACCCCUACCAGCAACAACACCAGUCACUGCAGUAACAGUACCAGUAAUGCAGAGGAGGCCUGGAAGAGCCAGCAACACACCAACUCCCCAGAGGGGCUUCACAAAGGUCCAGGUUCAUAUUCGGCAGGUCCCAAUGGAGAACACCCUUCCUCCCCCUCCCAUCCUACCCAGGCAGCUGGCCCUGGUUCUCAAAGUCUAAAUCAGGUCGGACAUUCCACCGGGCCCUGCCCUGCCUCCUCUUCCUCCUCCUGUUCCUCCCUCUCCUCCUUCUCCUCUUCGCCACAGAGGGGCGGUGCCUCAAACUAUCUCCCCUCCUCUCCCCUCCCCUCCACCACCACUACCUCAGGGGCCCAAACCAAAGAGACCACACCUUUAGGAAGCAGCAGCGGAUUGGCUAAUCACAUCCAGCAGGGAGCGGUGACCACCACGUACAGCUCGGAGAGCCAAUCCCAGCCCGGCUCUCCUCCUCCGGACGCGUUCAGUUCAGACGACCCUCAGCUCUCAGCCUUGCUCAGAGGAAAGGACAAUAAUAAGGAUGAUGAAAACCACGAUAGUAAUAAUAAUCAUCAUCAUCGUGGUGUUAAUCAAGGAGCCACCACGGACGAUAAUAUCAAGGUCAACAACAUCCACCCGGGUGUCCACCAUGGAGGUCCCAAACCCCUGUCGGAACACUCUGUGGCGUCCUCGCCCCUCUCAGCCAUGUCCGUCACCACCCCUUCCCCCCACCGCUCCACUAACCCCCCGACAGCCAGCAACCUCGCCAGCCUUAACAGCAGCCCAUCCAACAGAGGAACCACCGGUACCACCACUACCCCACAGGUCAAUGGUAAGGGGCUAGAGGACUCUCGCAGCCCAGUCAAGGUGGAUCCCACUGAGCUGUCUCACAGAAGGCCAGCCCUGGCCUCAUGGUCCUCAGUAUCCAUCUACCCCAGCUCAAACCAGGUGCUCAAAGCAUGCAGGAACCUGGGGAAGAAUGGCCUGUCCAGCAGAAGUAUCUUCCUUGAUCAGUGUCCCCCGCCCAGGCCCCCCCAGCCCCCCUCACCCUCGCUGCCGAAGGACAAACUCAACCCCUCCACACCCAGUAUCUACCUGGAGAAUAAGAGAGAUGCCUUCUUCCCUCCGCUUCACCAGUUCUGCACCAACCCCUCCAACCCUGUCACUGUCAUCAGAGGGCUGGCCGGGGCGCUCAAACUGGACCUGGGUCUGUUCUCUACUAAGUCCCUGGUGGAGGCUAACCCAGACCACCUGGUGGAGGUGCGGACUCAGCUGUCUCAGCCCACCGAUGAGAACUGGGACCUGAGCGGCACCAGGAAGAUGUGGCGCUGCCAGAGCAGCCAGUCACACACCACCAUCGCCAAGUACGCCCAAUAUCAGGCGUCGUCCUUCCAGGAUUCACUACGGGAGGAGAAGAAGAUGGAGCUGGAAGCAGAGGCAGCCAACGCAGAGAGUGUGGUGUGCCGGAAGAAAGGGCCCUUCAAACACAUCAAGUUUGGCACCAACAUCGACCUGUCCGACGAUAGGAAGUGGAAACUGCAUCUGCAGGAGCUCAGUAAGCUGCCAGCCUUUGCCAGGGUGGUGUCUGCUGGAAACCUGCUCAGCCACGUAGGACACACCAUCCUGGGCAUGAACACUGUCCAGCUUUACAUGAAGGUCCCUGGGAGCAGGACGCCAGGUCACCAAGAGAACAACAACUUCUGUUCAGUGAACAUCAACAUUGGCCCGGGGGACUGUGAGUGGUUCUCUGUGCCCCAGCCUUACUGGGGAAUCAUCAACGACUUCUGUGAAAAGAACAACAUCAACUUCCUGAUGGGGUCAUGGUGGCCCAACCUGGAGGACCUGUACGAGGCAGAUGUCCCCGUCUACCGCUUCAUCCAGCGCCCCGGAGACCUGGUGUGGCUCAACACGGGCACCGUCCACUGGGUCCAGGCCAUUGGCUGGUGCAACAACAUCGCCUGGAACGUAGGACCCCUCACUGCGUACCAGUAUAAGCUGGCAGCAGAGCGAUAUGAAUGGAAUAAGCUGCAGAGCGUCAAGUCCAUUGUCCCCAUGAUACACCUCUCCUGGAACAUGGCCAGGAAUAUCAAAGUCUCCGACAGCAAGCUCUUCCAGAUGAUCAAGUACUGUCUGCUGCGGACAUUGAAGCAGUGUCAGAUGCUGCGGGAGCUACUCCAGGCGUCAGGCAAGGAGCUGGUGUGGCACGGCAGGACCAGGGACGAACCCGCACAUUACUGCAGCAUCUGUGAGGUGGAGGUGUUUGCCCUACUGUUUGUAACCAGUGAGAGCAACAGCAGGAAGAAUUACGUGGUGCACUGUCAGGACUGUGCCCGUAGGGGGAGCUCUAACCUGGACAACUUUGUGGUGCUGGAGCAGUACAAGAUGGACGACCUCACACAGGUCUACGACCAGUUCACACUCGCUCCUCCUUUGCCAUCAUCCUCUUGACGGUAACAUUCUGUUGUUCUGAGGACAAUAAGAAUCCAUGCUGUACUCCCAGAAGCCACCGGAAGCCCCUUUUCUGAUAUUCAGGAAGUGAGCCAGCAGUCCUCUUCUGCUUUCUGUAGAUAUUCCACAAGGCAGCUGGGUGAAAAGCUGUGCGUCUAUGCAACCUGCCCAGAGUGGAGGUGAGGUGUCUCCUCCUAGAGGACUGGAGGGGGAGGGCAUUACUGCUGCCUUCUCCACCAGCCGUGGUGGAAAAAGUACCCCAUUGUCAUACUUGAGUAGAGGUAAAGAUACCUUGAUAGAAAAUCACCAGCCACCAGUAAAAUACUACUUGAGUAAAAGUCUACUAUAUGGUUUUAAAUAUACUUCAGUAUCAACAUCACACAAAGACUAUUGACUUGAUACACAUUUCCCUUUUUUAAUGAUGUUUGUGGGCUGAUACAAACGUGCUCUGAGUUGGUGUGUGUCCCCCUUGAGUCUACGUCCUAGAAUCACUGGUCUUUUGUAUGUUAGUCAAUAGAAGUCGUCUUUGGGCAAGAAAAUAAGAAGAAGAAAACAUUUUGUAAAGUAAUAUAUAUAUUUUUUUACUGUUUUUGUUAUUUUGGAACCAUAUGGUUUGGUUCUGUAGGUAAAAUAGUAUUCCAAUGAGAGAGAAAUUAACAGCCAAGUCACCAAGAGACUUUUUUUUCUCUAACCUUUGUUGUAAAUUUACACUAUUUAUAAAAUGUAUAUUUAUUGCUUGAAAAUAUUUGUUGAUCGAAUGCUGUCAUUUUUUCUCCCACAGAUGACCUGCCAUUUAAAGGAGUUUUAUACACGACCCUUCCUACGUUUUCUAUACAAAUAAAACUGCUUUAGAAAAGCAUUUUUCCAGAGACUCCUUGAAAUGGUUUUAUUGUUUGAAGGAUGUUCGAGUCAUUAAACAGAAGUUGUAUUCAUUUA